AAGCCUCUCGCUUUGCACUUAAUGAGACUUUCUGCUAUGUUAGCCUACAGACCAUACAGACAGCAAAAGCAACCCGUCCACCGUAAACACAGUAUUUAGAAAAGGUCUGGUUAGGUACCACUCGACGUAACUUUUCAAGGAUGCAGGUGCAGAGAGUCGUUCUCAACUCACGGCCAGGUAAAAACGGGGCGCCAGUUCCUGAAAAUUUCCGUCUGGAGGAGACGACUUUGGUACCUGACCUGAAAGAUGGGGAGGUUCUUGUUAGGACGCUUUGCCUCUCUGUCGACCCUUACAUGCGAUGCAGAAUGAAUGAAGACCCCGGUGUUGAUUAUGUGGCUCCAUGGCAGCUGUCUGAGAGUGUGGAUGGUGGAGGUGUCGGCGUGGUUGAGUCCAGCCGCUGCAGUACUUGCAGUGAGGGAGGUGUGGUCACUUCAUUCAACUGGCCUUGGCAGACCUAUGCUGUUAUGAAAGGAAGUGUCUUACAGAAGGUUGACCCACAGUUGGUUGAUGGGCACUUGUCCUACCUUUUGGGUGCAGUUGGCAUGACAGGCCUCACUGCACUGUUGGGCGUAAGGGAGAAGGGUAAUGUGAUCCAAGGAGCCAAUCAGACCAUGGUGGUAAGCGGUGCAGCUGGGGCCUGUGGCUCCAUAGCUGGACAGUUUGGCAGGCUGGAUGGCUGUGUGAGAGUGGUUGGGAUUUGUGGUUCUGAUGAGAAGUGCAGAGCUUUAGUGGAUGACCUGGGCUUUUCUGCAGCCAUCAACUACCGUCAAGAGGACGUCCCUACAAGGCUCAAGGAGCACUGCCCUGAUGGCAUAGAUGUUUACUUUGAUAACGUGGGAGGUGCCAUCAGUGAUACUGUAAUCGCACAGAUGAACAGAGACAGCCAUGUGAUCCUGUGUGGGCAGAUCUCGCAGUACAACAAGGACGUGCCGUAUCCUCCGCCCCUGAGCGAGGAGAUACACGAAACCCUGCGAAGGAAGAACAUCACCCGGGAGCGAUUUAUGGUGCUUAACUACAUGCACAAAGCAGAAGCUGCCCUCUGUGAACUGAGCCAGCGAGUUAAAUCAGGCCAAAUCAAUGUGCUGGAAACUGUGGUUAAUGGCAUCGAAAAUAUGGGAGAUGCAUUUUGCUCUAUGAUGAAAGGGGGAAACAUUGGCAAGCAAAUUAUAAAGAUAUCAGAGUGAAGAAAAUCCCUGUAGCUGCUCUGACAAGACGGACGCCUUGGGAAAUGAACUCACAAUUGCCUUUCUAUCACCAUUAACACUAACUUAAUCAACUGUAGUAAGAUAUUGCAUUGAUUAGCUGAUGCCAGUUGAUUACAAUUAUAAACCAUGAAUGAAAAAUUGCACAAUGUUCUUUAAAAUUGUGUUCUUGAGAAAAAAUAAACGAAAUUUAAAAGUUCGA